AUGAAGGCGCUGGAGACCUUCACGUGGCUCAUAACGGACGCGCCAGUCGAGUGCAUGGAGUUCUUCCCAACGUGGGAAGUCUUCCAACCUCAUCUCCUCACGAAGUACCGACUGUGUGGAGUGAAUCGAGACGAGUACUUCUACGCGACUGGCGGCAGAAUCGAGUUCAAGAAGCUGGCGAUGAAGGUAAUCAAAACAAAACGCAGCAACACGCACAAGAAGAUUCGACUCUACGCAUGGGGUGCGGGUGGGUUGUUGGACGAGAGCAAGUGGCCGUUGCUAGCGGUGGAGAUGAUCAUCCCAUCAAAGAAACGCUCGGUAGCGAAGUGGCUGGAAGACUUCAGGCAUGGUGUUCCCUUCGCCAACAUCGCUUUUGAGAAGGCAUCCCUUGCUGCGUUCUCCACUAUUACCUCCAAUCUCGUGCUGCUGAAGAUCCCUAUGCUGGCAUACCUGUGUGUUGUGGUCGAAGCCCCCCUGCAAAGCUUCAGGCCGGGGAGGGGCCAGCCUUCCCUGGACGGGGUAGGCUCUACCAACAGCAACUACGUCCGCGCCAAGACUAAUGUGAUCGUGGGGGCGCUUCACGAUGCGAUGCAGAACAACCCCACAAUCUUGCAGCGUGAUGAGCCCAAGGGGUUGGUGCUUGGUUCUGGGUGUGUACGUAUUCUCAUUGAGGGGUGGGAGCGUGUGUUUCUGUAG